UGCAAAUAUAACAAAUUAGCAUAAAAAUAAUAAGCACUCUAUCUGCUGCAUCAUUGUUUAAAACGAUCAAGGGAGAAAAUUCAUUACUGGUCCUAUUAUGAAAACGUCCUAACACGAGCAGUCCAGAUGGACGAUACAAAGAUUAUUUAUCACAUAGAUGAUGAAGAAACACCUUACUUAGUUAAACUUGCAGUGUGCCCAAACACUGUUACUUUGGGUGACUUCAAAAAUGCACUAAACAGACCAAAUUACAAGUUUUUCUUCAAGUCGGUUGAUGCUGAUUUCGGUGUUGUAAAGGAGGAAAUAACAGAUGAUGACGCAAGAUUACCAUGUUUCAACGGGAAGGUUAUUUCCUGGCUGGUUUCUGCAGAUAGUAGCACAAAGUCUGAUAAUCACUCAAAUGGGACAGGUGAAAACCACUUUUCAAGUCAAAACAAGAGUUCUGCAAACUUCAACAAAAAUUCUGACAAUGCUCAUGGUGCAUCUAAAACUGAAAUUCCCAGUGAACAAGAACAUGCCAUAGGUACGACAGGUCACGGGUUGGAGGAAUGUGAUACAUGUGUUGAAACGGAUUCAGUGUAUAGCGGUGAUCGUGUCCCUCCUCUGAAGAAUUUCAACAAUUACAAACACGGUUCACGUUUAGCAAAACUGGGUCAAAGAAUUCAAAACUACGAAACUUCUUCGUCUAUGAUGAGUUCUGAUCUGGAAUCCACAAGCUUUUUCGACUCAGAAGAUGAAUCGAGUCGAUUCUCAACUGCCACAGGUACAACUAUGUCCUCUGCCAAAUACGGUAGACAUAGACGGCAACGAAGACAUCGACGGAUAUUGCCGAUAAGACGUACCAGUGAAGAUGCUACUUCUUUCAGCAGUGUUACUGAUUCUACAAUGUCUCUCAAUAUAAUCACUGUCACACUGAAUAUGGACUCAGUGAAUUUUCUGGGAAUUAGUAUCGUAGGUCAAUCAAACAAAGCAGGAGAUGGUGGUAUUUACGUGGGAUCUAUAAUGAGAGGUGGAGCUGUUGCACAAGAUGGUCGAAUUGAACCAGGUGAUAUGAUAUUGGAGGUGAAUAGAAUCAGUUUUGAAGAUAUGAGUAAUGAUGAGGCUGUAAGAGUCCUGCGUGAAGAAGUUCAAAAACCUGGCCCCAUUACAUUAGUGGUUGCGAAAUGUUGGGAUCCUAGUCCCAAAAACUAUUUCACAAUCCCUCGUCAGGAACCAGUUCGUCCAAUUGAUCCUCGUGCUUGGGUCUUGCAUACGAAUGCAAUGACGGGAGCACUAGGAACGCCAGGUCUUGAGGGAAAUACACCUUUCGCUGGUUCUGGAUCACCUGCAACUGGAAUGCCAAUGAUUCCUGGACAUUUCAUGGGCAUGGGUCCAUCUUCCGGAUUAUCUGUACCUUCAAUGCCUGGCAUGCCGCAGCUUCUCUUACCUUCACUACCUGGGAUGAAUGCAAUGCCUUCUUCUAAUAUGACUACUAAAUCACUGCCAGAUGUUCCUGAUGGUGGAGAUGUUCUAGCUGGUGGAUAUCGCAGCAGAGGUCCUGCAAGCAGUGGAGUUGCUGGUGGACCAGGAAGUGCUAAAACUAAUGGUUCUCGGUCAGGAGGUGAAACGACUGUUGACGCGAAAGGCACACAAUCACUUUUAUCUGGUGCAAAUGGAAAAUCAUCCACUUCUUUAACCGUGGCUUCAGACAUGGCUUCUGUAGUUCAUGAUAUGUUAAUGUCUGAUUCUGGAUUAGAAAUACAUGAUCGGACAUGGUUGAAAAUAACAAUUCCAAAUGCUUUUAUUGGUUCCGAACUCGUCGACUGGCUGUUUACUCAUGUAGAUGGUUUUGCAGACAGACGAGAUGCCCGAAGGUAUGCCUCUAAUCUAUUGCAUUAUGGCUAUAUUCGUCAUACUGUUAACAAAAGUACAUUUUCUGAGCAGUGUUACUACACUUUCGGAGACAUAGCUACAACUUUAUCUCAUCUCAAUCUAGAUGAAGUAGAUUCCGUUUCCGAAAUUGGAGCUAAUUCGACUGCACCGCAUACCGGAACUCAUCCCAUGAUGCCACAGAUGUAUCCGCAUCUUCAUCAUGUUGUUCCUGAUACAGUAGGCUCAGCUUCUGGCCUAUCUUCGAUGCAAAACCAAAAUGUUUCAACGAAUCCGAAUGUAGGAAUGAUGUCAUCUCCUAUACCCGGUGAAGGUAAUUCUCUUGCUCAAGCUGGUCCUCAUUAUCCGUAUCCACCUGUACUGUAUCCUGUUGCAUCUACAGUACCUGCAUCAUCAACUGGUCCCUGUAGUAUUGAUGCGAAUGGAAAUCCUUGUAAUUUUGUUAAUCCAAAUUCAUCUGCUCCUCCUGGUCUUAGGAAUAGAGUUUCCAAUAACCCUCAAAUUGGCAUGGACCCCGCUUUGUAUCAAGUAAACAACACGAAUAUGGUUUCCCAUACACGCCCUGUUAUCCCUAAUCAGACCCACGUCACUGCUAUGAAUGCUACAUCAAAUCAAAGAAUUCAACAACAGAAAGUAAACUCCUCUUCAUCUAGCUCAUCUCAUUCUUCUGCAUCUUCAACGUCUUCCUCUUCUACUGGUUAUUCUGGUAAUAGACGUCUACCUGGAGUGUCUAAUAAUACUACUACUACACAGACGCCUAAUACCAAUGUUCCUCAAAGUAUGAGUGCACCACUAGAUACCUCAGCUUCUAAAGGCCUUCCUUCUCUAAAUAAGGGUGUUCAACGGCGAACUGACCCUUCAAGUGUACAAAGCCUCUCCGGUUAGUUUACUUUAAAAAACCCAGUUAAUAGAAGCUUUAAGUAUUCACUUGUUUUUGCAUGAAAUUAUUUUCCUUUUGUAUUCAAACAUAUAUCUGUGUAGAUUAUUUAGUAUAGAAUGUGAAUGUCCAGAUUUAGUUGCUUUUAUUAAUUGCUCGAUAUUGUCAUUAGCGUAAAUAUCAUUUCCCUGUUUAAAUUAUAUUCAGUUUAAGGAUAGAUUUAAAACUGGAAUUGUCCCCACCUAAAAUUUGACAUCGCAGAUGUCACUUACAUCAUUUUUAUUCAAAAUUAAAAAUGUUAGUGGAUUGUGUAACUCUAUCGGAAACAUUUGGCAGCCUAAUCAAACAAUAGAUUUUAUAGAUGAAAAGAAAAUGAUUUGUUUCAAGUUUGACCGCGAUUGAUAUCAGUUAGGGAACCAUUGGAAAACCGUGGAGUACUGGACAGCCGCUUCGUCCUAGUACACACGCACUGGGGUUCAAACCCCAGGACAUUCCGGUUACAAGUCAAGCUCAUGAACCAUUAAGCCACUAGGAUCAGAUUUAAUGGCCAGUCCAUGAAUUCCAACUUCUACCAAUGGUCUACGAGUUUGCUUUGUAACCGGGAGGUCCUGACUUUGAACCCCGAUGGGUAUGUACUGAUGAAGAGGCUAAAAAUAAGGUGAAAUAACCGUCCAAUAUUCAAUGGUUCUCUAGCCGAUGCCAAUCUGUGGUCAGAUUUGAAGCAAAUCUAAUCCGUACAAACUAACUCUUGGAAAAUGAUUUGUUCUGUAACCAUAAGCAUACUUUUAGAAUCACACUGUCAACAUGUAUGCUAAUCGUAAACAGUGAAUUUUAUCUUAUCAAGUUGCAACGUUUGGUUCACUAUUUGUUCACAGUGCAAAUGUUCAUGCUAGGAAUUUUAUCGACUUAAGCUAUACGUGUAACGAAUAUUAGGUUGACAUUAUUUCAAGGUUUUCACCUGUUUAUAUCAUUCUUGAAAUUGGUCGUCCUUAUUUCCAAACUGCACUUUCGUAGAACAGUUAUUCUUUAUAACUCUUAAUUGUAGGGUUCAGUUUCAACUGAUUCAGGCAAUAAGUGCAUCAAUUAAUUAACAUUCACUUCCACUUAUAGAGGUUUAAAAAACUGAUGUAAAAACAAUAGUAGAUAUUGAAUAUAAUUAACAAAUCUAUAGUCUCUUAUCGAUUUGCAUGUAUCCAACAAUUUCUGUUAAUUUCUAUAAUAGGCUGUAUGAAUUCUUCUGCACUACUGUUUUAUUUACUUUAAGUAGUUCAUCCUUCCAUUAUUUAAUAAUAUAAUUUAUCAGUGUUGUAGCAUCCUCACAUCCCACUUUCUUGUAUAAAUCUAAAUCCCAUUUAUAAUCAUUACUACAAUCCAGUAUUUUUGUCCAAUCAUCUAUUGUAGCUUAGGAUAAUUUAUUCAUUUGUAUACUAGAUUAAUUCCAUAGUGUGAAUAAUAGAUAAGAUAACAGAAUGUAUAUUAUUCUAUGAUUUUAUCAAAUAUUUUUCAAUAGUGAUCUUGAUAUAUAUAUAUAUAUAUAUAUAUAUAAUUCCUGGAGUGACUAUCUCCCAGUCAUCGCAGUAAUAUUUGCGUUGAAUAUAAUACUUUUGAAAAUAGUUUAUAUCAGCGUGUCAACGAAUCAAUAAUGGAUGGCUGUUAUUUGGCAACUCAGAUCUGUAACAGCUUCCAGUCAGAUUCAAAAAUCGCAGUUUUCACUACUAGCAUACUACCUCUGUGUAAGGAUUAGACUUUAACUUAAUACCGGUUAACUCUUGAAAGAAUUAUUUGCCACUGGUUAAUACUGUUCGACGGAAGUAUGGUGUAUAUUUUCUUCGGUCGAUUGGCCUCUGUCCAGUAAUGGGGAUUUAUGUCACAGCAAUAGGAUAGGGAUCAGUUGAGAAACUGUUAGAGUAGAAUAAAGUAGUACUUCUUCGUUUCUUUCAUAAGGAAUCAGUGUCAUAUCGACUGAUCAUAUCUACUGUGGAAUGUUACUCAACAACGAUUUACCAUUUAAUCCGAUUUAGAUUUUCCCGUCAAUUGGUUGGACUGAAGUGCUCGAUCUCAGGUUGACAAUGUUGGCUCCUUAGGCCACGAAAGGCACCUCUUGUGCAACAUAUCAGUUCCGACAUAUCAACCUGACGCCGAGCACUUCGGUCCAAUCAAUCGAUGGGAGGUG